AUGGGUGCAUCCGCGGACGACCACCAUUAUCACCCCCAGGACACCAUCGCGAGGACGAUGAGGACCACCGGGCUUACGGGUUCCGUGGGUCUCUUCGCCUCCGCCGUCCAAAACACCCUCGCCCGGCAGAACGUGGGACCAUGGGGAGUUUUCACGAGGACUGGUGCUACAAUUGGUAUCCUUGCCGCUAUGGGAGGUACCUAUGAGUUCGUAAAGACAUCAUCCGCCAACCUGCGAGAGAAAGAAGACCACUGGAACGUCGCUCUUGGUGGUUUCUUCUCCGGCGCCAUCCUCGGUCUGCGCGCCCGCACAUUUCCCGCUCUUCUCGGAUACGGCGCGGCGUUGGCCACCGCAAUGGGAGGAUUUGAGUACACUGGUGGAUCAUUGUUCGGCAAAAGGAGGGACCCUAACGUUGACGAAUUCGAGCGCCGGGAGAAACUGAGGACGCAAUGGAGGACCCCCGGUGAACAGACCCUGGCCGAGCUUGGUGAGGGACGAGGCAUCUAUGGCCCCGGGUACGCAGAGAGACGGCGCGAGCGUAUUAAGGAGGCGUACGGAAUCGACGUCCCUACCAGUCACCCUGCCGCUUCAUAA